AGGCGCAGUCACCGCCUUUGCGGAGCGCUUGGAUCGCUGAGGCGGGCGGGAGUCGGUCUCCAUGGAAACCGGCGGCUGAGGCCUGAGGCCUGGAGCCCGUUGAGAGGCGGAGGAGAGUAAUCGCUGAGGGCAUCAAACAUGUCACGCGCACCAAUACCACCAUCACACGUUGGUGCUACAGCCCCUGAAUCGUUUACGGUACUUAAGCAGCGGAUUGUUACAGUUGAGGAACAAACGGAUUCAUUAUUUAAAGAACUGGGGGCCUUGGGUGUGGAGAGUGAGGAUUUGACCAACGUCAAAGUUGGUGGGGGUGACAUUCACAGGCCCGUCAGUCCCUUCCAUGUCCGAAACGUGUUUACAACUGAGAGUGACGUACUGUGGAAAAACUAUGAAUCUCUAGUGAGUCGUGUCUGCCGCCUGGAAAGUGUUAUCCAGACGCUGAAGCUAAAUGUGUUUCGAAUACAAACAGAGAAAGAGCUAAACCCAGAACAUUCAGCCCAUGUCACAGAACGUCUGGCUGCAAUGCAGGGAGAGCAUGCAGAAGAGCUAAAGAAAUUGAAGCGAGAGGUUAUAUGUUACCGACAGCAUCUGAGUGAACUUAGUGAGGAAAAAGAGAGCGCUCAGGAGGAGAUGGAGAGGCUGAGUGCUGCCCUAGAGAUUACCACAGCAACUAAGGCUGAUGUGGCAAUGGCAGCAGAAGAACUGAAAGCAACAAAAAGCAGAAUGAUCAGAAGAUUGCAACAGAUAAAUGAACAAUUGUCACAGGAAGUGAGUCUCCGGAAAGCUCUGGAAGAAUCCCACGUUGCUUUGCUACAACGUGUGCAAGAUAUGGAGAAAGUGGUGAUGGCUGAGAGAGAGCAGGUGAAGACACUUCAACAGGACUGCCUUGUGCUCAGGAAGGAUAGUCAGGUAACUCAGGAGAGAUUGCAGCAAGAGCAGCAGAAUGCAAAUGAUUUGGACAAUAUCUACAAACAGUUAAAAAUAGAAGCAGAUGCAAAGGAGUCCAUUAUAACUCAGAUGGCUGAUGAGGCAAAGAAUACACAUCUUUUGUUGAAUAAACAUCAGAAGGAGAACACAGAAAUACGCUGUGAAAUUACAUCAUUGAGGGACGUCGCUGAGAAAGUGCAGGUAUUGAAUGAUCAGUUAAACAAACAGUGCACGGAGCUAAGUACCACACUGCACUCUGUUUCCAUGGAGAAUGCUAAACUUUUGAUGGAACAUCAAGCAGCUCUUAAGUCUGAACAGGACAAAAUGACUGAAAAGUUGCGAGAACAAGAUCUUUUACUGGACGCGGCAAGAGCAAAUAUUACAGCAGAGUUACACAUUGCAUUGCGUGAAAAACAACAGUUCAAAAAAGAUCUUGAAACUUUAAGAUUGGAACAUACUCAGAUACAGCUAAAGUUUCAAAUGGUGGAAGACAAGGCGACAACACAUAAGGAGCUUCUCAAGUCAGUAAUUGUUCGCCUGCGAGAGGACUUUAAAAAAGCAGAUGAUGAACAUGAAAAUACUCAACAAGAAAAGGAUAGCUUGUUGGAUCAAGUAAAUAAAACAUUGGGUGAAAUUAUAGAGGAGAGGAAUACGUAUGAGAAGCAACUGACUGAAAAGCAGUUGGAGGUGGGCACUUUGUCUGCUGCUUUGGUGAAACAACAGGAAGAAAAUGGACGUCUUAUGGAAUGUCUGGCAGCUGUUGAACACCAGCAGCACGCACAGCAGCAAAUAAAGCAAGUCCUUGCUGAACUGACAGAGAGUAAAAACAAAUUGGCAUAUGAAAAAGGAAAGCUACAGACAAGAGUGGAGCAAUUACAGGAGGAAUUGAAGUGUACAUCUGCUGCCAAUUUUGAGAAUACCAAAUUAAAAAAACGUAACACAGCCCUGGAGUCUAAAUAUAGUCAGAUUAAUACAGAGUUCAGCACAUGCAAGAUUAAUACACAAAGACUUGAGGCUCAGCACAAACAGGCCCAGUUGGCAAUGGAGCAAAAAGAGGAAGAUUUUGCAAAGGCAAUUAAGUCUCGUGAUGAGAUACUUCGAGAAAUCCAAAAACUAAAAGAACAUUCAGAAGUUAUACAAGAGAAAGACAAACAGAAGGUCAUAAAUCUUCAGCAGCAGUUGAUGGAUUGUAAACAAGACAGUAACAAGAUAGCAGAAACCCUGGAGAAUGUAUUGACGUCACACACGAAACUCCAACACACAGUGGAGAAACUGCAGACAGAACUUGGGCAGAGAGAUGCAGAGAUAAAAGGCUUACAUCGAGAAAGGUCAUAUAAUCAUCAGACUCUUCAGAGGCUACAAGCUGAGCUUCAGGAUCUACAGGCUAAACUAGCUACCACGGAAACACAGCACAACAUUCAGGUGGAGCCUCUCCGAAAAGCACUGGAAAUUUCAAAGCAAGACAAUAAGAAGCUAGCUCGCAGCCUGGAACAGACUCUGCUCACAACCAACGGCUUGCAGAUCAAACUAAAUCAACUCCAGUCUGAGCUAGAUGGCAAGGAAUUACAGCAACAACAACUUCAGCAUACCAGGGAGCAAGAAGCUGAGGAUGCCAAAUUGGAGUCUAAAAUGUUUGCUGAAAGAAUUGAAGCUUUGAAGAACCAGUUCCAAAGUGAGAGAGAGACUGCACGGAAAGCCAAUCAGAAGGAAAUAAUGGAGCUUAAAAAAGGGCUUUGUGCUGCAGCAAAGUCGGCAGAACUGUCACGUGCCAAUAGGGAAUUGCGACAGAACGCUGCUGAGUUGGAGAAGACCAUAACAAGUCUGAAGGCAAAAAUCAAAGAUCAGAAAGGACAGCUGAAGCAUUACCUGGAGUGCAAAGCAACCAACACACAAUAUUCCAGUAGGAUGAAGGAAUUUGAAGCAGACUUAACAAGGAUGGAGAAAAUGAAGGGAGAGUAUGAAAAAAAGAACUAUGAACAGUCUCAGAUGAUUCACAAGUUUAUGACUGAGAUGCAGAGUCUACAAGCAGAGCUUCAGAGCGUGGCAAAGAAUCAGCAUGAGGCAAUGCUGCUCUGCAAACAGCAGGAAUUCCAGUUAGAAACAGAGGACAAACUACGACAUGAGCUGCAGAAUAAAUGUCGGAGUCUAGAGGAAAAGGUGAAGAAUCUGCAAAUGUGCAAAGAGGCAGCUGAGCAGAAACUGAAGGAAGCCAGUUUAGAGUCACAGCAGAUCAGUGCUAAUCUAGAGGAAGCACACCAGUGGUUUAAGUCCAAGUUUGACACUCUACAAACAGAACUGAAACAAUCACGUGAAAGGGACCGAUGGAAAGAACAACUGGGUGACAAGGAGAACUUAGAGAACAUCAAUGUACAAGACCUUUAUUCAAGAUCAAGACAAAGGGCAAAGGACACAAAAAGGCUACUUGUUAAAAGUCCCAGUGAAUCCUGCCUCAACCGCUGGGAAACAAACAGGAACUGAAGCUUCUUUCCAGGAACUAUUGGGAUGCCAUGGCUAAGAAAUAAAAAAAUCAAAAGAAAUGAAGUAAACUUGAAUCUAAAUUAAGGAAAUGUGAUCUUUAAUUAUUGGAAGUCUUUUUCUUCACUUGAAAUAAUACAAUACCGGCUGCUGUAAAGUAAAUGGAAGCAAUUUGGAUUUGAUUUAUUUGUAUGUCUCUGCUUUUCCAUAUUUUCCACACCUUCAGGCUGACUCUGUUAUAAUGAGCCUCGUUACAGAGUGGGUCCACUU